AUGCCGCCUCCGCACCAGAUUUUUGCUCCAAGUCUGCGUGGCUUUCCUCCCUGGCUCUCUCGAAAUGUGAGAACGGCUUCUCGUCUCAAAGGGGUCAAACCAGCUACCUCGCCACCAAAAGACUACAUCGAACCUACAGUCAAGUACUUCGAAGAAACCCCAGAUGGCGAACGAAGGGAAAUGCUCAAGGAGGACGACGAGGAAGCGUUUAUGGAGUCACUGGCCACCCAGUUUGGAUUCGGAGAAACGGAAAAGGAAUACCUGCGGUCCACGAGAAACAAUCCCCCGGUCGAAGAAGACGGAGGUCUUGAGGAUAUCGAAAAUGCAAUGGCAGGUAGAGUCUACGAUGAUGAGGAUACACGGGACAUGGCAACGCAGACUGACCGGCUGGAUGCUUUGAUCACAAAACUCAAAGUUCUCUCUGAAGAUGGGGAAUCGCCAUAUGAGGAACGACGCAGACAAAUACGAGAGCUAUUGUUUGAUCCUGAACAGGGUGUCCAAGGAAUUAACAGAGGUAUCGCAUCGGGGCAGGCGAUGAAGCUUGGUUCUCGAGACGGCACUGAUCGAGCGGCUCCUAAAAUGUCACCUAAAUCUUCAAGAUCUUCAGCAAUAACAGAAGAACAGUUGUCCUCCGCAUCCCCACAUAAAGACUUUACAGGUGGGAGUUCAGAUAUAGAGAUAUCGCUCCGCCUCAAAGACUUCCCUCCUGUUUAUCAACAUCAUAUCCAAUCAUUGCAGGCGAAUCUUCUCAAAGCUACAGCUAAAGGGGGCCAUACUACUAAGCUGCGCAAGAGUAUAUGGUCGGCCUAUAUAAAGUGCAGAAGUGCGCUCAUAUCGCGGCCAGGAAAGGUCCCUUGGGAAAUAUGGUCAGGUCUUUGGGAUGUCCUAUCAAAUGCAGAUCCAUCCGAGGAUGUUGACAGAAUGGCGCAUAUCAAAUACCUUGGCGAUGAUAUCUGCAAGGUUGGGAUCCAGAUGGAUGCAAAGCAAUGCCUGUUGUAUGUUGAAUCUUUGCUGGUGCAAGGUGAUGUGGACAUUGCAGCUGGUAUAUGGGAAAAGCUCGGAGUGAGCAUUCAAAGCAGCGACAAUGCAAAGGAAUAUUGGAAGCUAGGCGUCAACAUAUUCUGUCGGCAGGAUCGACUUGAUCGAGCGCUGCAAAUAGCGAGCGUUCUCCUUAAAAAGACAAAAGACGUCGCUGAUUAUCGAAUACUGCUACCAAUCAUUCAAGCUUGUCUUGUUUCUAAAAAUAUCUUUGGGGUUCAGAUGGCAUGGGCACUUUAUAUUAGGCUCAGAGUCAGGCUAGGUCCUCAGCUGGAUAUGAACGACUACGACAUACUCACCUUGAGCUUUUUGGAAGCCAACCGGCCGGAUCUGGCCGGCGGUGUCUUUAAGGACAUGAUGCUGACAGAGGACAUGGCUACGGUGCAAGAUUCGACCUCACUCUAUUCUUCUCUUACCGGUACUAAGGAUGGCCUCAAGUCCAUUAGUAUCAGUGACAAAGAGCUGGAACUUCACAAGGCCGCUGCCCUAACUAAACUGCCAUCACAGUUCAGAAACAAAUUCUUUUUUGGAAGCUGGCUCAAGAAACUCAUCGGCGAAGGGCAACUUGACGCCGCCCAAAAGGUCCUUCAAUUCACAUCCGAUAUAGGCAUAUGUCCAGACGCCAGACACAUGAACGGUCUUAUCGGUGCUUUAUUCCGUGAGGGAAGUGGGAAAAGUAUGAGCCUAGCUGAAGAUAUGGCCUGGAAAAUGGUCAAUACUAGGCUAGUAUUUGUCAAGAGUCGUACGGAGUUCUCCAUGUUGAAAAGCCCAUUGCGGGCUGUUCCUCUGAUGGCUCAUAAACCGGACGUGAAGCACAUCCAAAAAACUCCAAGCCUCAUUCCUCGUGCUACAAUCGAAACGUUCUGUAUUCUCAUCCGACAGUACAGGACGCGACAAAAAACUCAGGCUCUUCUAGACCUUUUCGACACUCUCAGAAAAGCGGAAAUACCACCAAACACAGACUUCAUGAACGAACUCCUGAAUAUGGACUCUAGAAGUCAUAAAACAGCAUGGGCAUGGAACACAUAUCUCUCCUUGACAAAAUCGGGAGCUGUGCGUCCCAACUACGAAACAUUUACUAUUCUCUACAACCUCCUUUGCCAAUCCUUGGACCCUGUUCAGCUUGGCAAACGGCCUAAAUUCACGACCCCACACCAUCUAUUCGUGGAUAUGAUAAAAUACAAGGCUUGUUUGAAGGAGGAUGGAAAAGUCCCACGGGAGCUGUACGAUGCGAUUAUUCUGGCUUUUGGUUUAGCAGAGGACCAGGCAGGAACUGCGGUUGCUUUGAUAGCGUUGCGACAGCAUUUUGACACAUUUCCAGGCGAGCAGACUGCAAGGACCAUCAUACUUCAGCUUACUCGCCUCGGGCAGACGAACAAGGCUGGGUACAAAUCACGGCGACUCAAUGUCACCAAUAGACUCACGAAAGAAAGAUACGCACACGUCACAAAAAUACUGCAAAGGUUCAGGCAGGAGCGGGUUGAAGAAUUGCUCGAGCAAGGGAUCGUUUUCGAAGAGCUCUCGGAAGAGGAGAAGCUACAUGAAGCCAUGAUGGUAUUGUCGGAUUUGCUUCGUCACGCAUUCCAAUCAAAGAUAGCUCCUGAGAGGAGAGAGAUAUUGACUUCUCUUGAGGUUUCAAAAAGGACGGCUGAAGCAAUGGGGGUGCCGGAAUGUAUUCCAUGGGAUGGACUCGCUGUAGUUGAGGCGUCAGAAUAG